CAGUCCAUGGCCUUCGGCAUCCAGCACCCCAACUCCGUCAACAUCACCCUGCACCUGGGCAAAGCCUACGAGAUCACCUACGUGCGGCUCAAGUUCCACACCAGCCGCCCCGAGAGCUUCGCCAUCUACAAGCGCAGCCGCGCCGGGGGGCCCUGGGUGCCCUUCCAGUUCUACAGCGCCUCCUGCCUCAAAACCUACGGCAAGCAGCCGCGGCAGUACCUGCGGCCCGGCGAGGACGAGCAGGUGGCCUUCUGCAGCGACGAGUUCAGCGACAUCUCCCCGCUGAGCGGCGGCAACGUGGCCUUCUCCACCCUGGAGGGACGGCCCAGCGCCUACAAUUUUGAUGGGAGCCCCGCGCUGCAGGAGUGGGUGACAGUCACUGACCUGCUCAUCUCCUUGAACCGGCUCAACACAUUUGGGGAUGACAUCUUCAAGGACCCCAAGGUGUUGCAGUCCUACUACUACGCCAUAUCUGACUUCUCUGUUGGUGGCAGGUGCAAAUGCAAUGGCCAUGCCAGCGAGUGCUUGCCGGACGAGGCCGGGCAGCUGGUGUGUGUGUGCCAGCACCACACGGCUGGCACCGACUGUGAGCGCUGCCAGCCCUUCUACCAGGACCGGCCCUGGGCGCGCGGCACGGCCGAGGCUGCCAACGAGUGCCUCCCUUGCAACUGCAGCGGCCGCUCCGAGGAGUGUUUCUACGACCGGGAGCUGUUCCGGCGCAGCGGGCACGGGGGACACUGCCUCAACUGCCGCGACAACACGGCCGGGCCCCGCUGCGAGAGCUGCAGGCAGAACUACUACCGCUGGGAGCCGCAGGGAGCCUGCCAGCCCUGCCACUGCCACCCCGCAGGGUCCCUGCAGCCCCAGUGCGACAGCUCGGGGAGCUGCGUCUGCAAAGCCAACGUGACGGGCUGGAAGUGCGAGCGCUGCAAGGACGGCUACCACAGCCUCAGCGAGGGCGGCUGCAGACCCUGCAGCUGUGACCCCGCGGGCAGCGUGGGCACCUGCGACCCCAACACGGGGCACUGCACCUGCAAGGAGAGGGUGGAGGGACACUUGUGCAACAGGUGCCAGCCGGGCUGGUUUAACCUGCAGCCCCACAACCCCAUCGGCUGCACCAGCUGCUUCUGUUACGGCCACUCCAGCGCCUGCAGGGCGGCAGAUGGCUACGAGGAGACCCAGAUCCGCUCCGACUUCAGCCAAGGGCUGGAGGGCUGGGCUGCCACAGCUCCAGGCACCACAGAGCUGCCCCUGCGCUGGGCUGGCCGGGAGAUCAUCGCUGAGUGGGAUGGAGAGGAGCCAGUGGAUUUCCUCGCACCAGAGAAGUUUCUGCAGAACCAGCGCCUCAGUUAUGGGCAGCUCCUGUCCCUGCUGCUAGGAGUGGAGGACGGGACAAGAACAGAACCCGGAGUGCCUCUGCUCCAGGUCCAGCUGCUGCUGGAGGGCGAGGGGAUGAAGAUCACCAUGUCCAGCAGCAAGAGCCAGCUCCAGCAUGGAAAGCAGGCUGUCACCUUCAGGCUCCACGAGGCAGAGGAGGGUGCAGAGCCUUUGCUGUCAGCCUUCAGCUUCCAGCGCCUGCUCUCCAACCUGAGCUCCCUCCAUCUCCGCGUGAGCCACGGCCCCGGGAGAGGCAGGCUGUCCCUGAGCCAGGUCCAGCUCACAUCUGCUCGCCCCGGGCCGGGCCCUCGGGCGGGCUGGGUGGAGGAGUGCACGUGUCCCACGGGGUACAGCGGGCAGUUCUGCCAGUCCUGUGCGCCUGGAUUCAAGAGGGAGAUCCCAUUUGGCGGCCCCUUCGUCAGCUGCGUGCCCUGCACCUGCAACCAGCACGGGGACUGCCACCCCCUCACAGGGCGCUGCCAGUGCUCACACAACACAGAGGGUCCCUCCUGCGAGCGCUGCAGCCCCGGCUUCUACGGCAACCCCUUCGUGGGGCGCUCCGAUGACUGCAAGCCCUGCCCCUGCCCCGGCCGCUCGCCCUGCACCGAGGUGCCCAGCACUGGGGAGGUGGUCUGCACCCACUGCCCCCCGGGGCAGAGAGGAAAGCGCUGUGAGCUCUGUGAUGAUGGGUUUUUCGGGGACCCCCUGGGGCAGAGAGGCCCCGUGCACCCCUGUGAGCCCUGCCAGUGCCACGGGAACGUGGAUCCCAAUGCCGUGGGGAACUGCGACCCCGUGUCCGGCCGAUGCCUGCGCUGCCUCCACCACACAAUGGGCGAGCACUGCGAGAGGUGCCGGCCGGGCUUCUACGGGGAUGCGCUGGCUCCCAGCCCUGCUGGGAAGUGUGCUCCUUGUGAUUGCAGCCCCAGUGGCUCAGACCCGAGGCUGGAGGGCUGUGAUCCUGGCACAGGCCAGUGCCACUGCCUCCCACACGUGACAGGCAGAGCCUGUGGGCAGUGCCAGCCUGGCUACUACGGCCUGGAGCCCACCGUGGGGUGCAGGAGCUGUGAGUGCCACCCAACAGGGUCACGGGAGAGCGGGUGCCACGCGCUGACGGGGCAGUGCUCCUGCCAACCUGGUGUCACAGGGAGGAGAUGUGAUCGGUGCCAGCACGGCUUCUUCGGCUUCUCUGCCAGGGGCUGCCGAGCCUGCAACUGCUCCCCGCUGGGCUCCAUCACCCCGCAGUGCCACGAGAACAGCACCUGCCUGUGCCACCCUGGCUUCGUGGGCUACAAGUGUGACCGCUGCCAGGCCAACUUCUACCUGGAGCCGCUGAGCUCCCGCUGCCAGCAGUGCCCUGCCUGCUACGGGCUGGUGAAGGACGAGGCUGACCGCCUGAAGGCCAGGCUGCAGGAGAUGGAGCAGUGGCUGCAGAAGCCAGGCUGUGACACCCACCCGGGCCAGGCUGCCGUGCUGGGAGAUGCACCCCGUGGAGAUGGGCUGCCCAGCCCACACCUCCUGAGAGGUGCCUGGGCCACCCUCCUGGUGCAGGUGGGACAGCUGGCAGGGGCACUGAACACUGCCCAAGGCCGUCUCAGCAAUGCCAGCCAGGCCAGCAGCUGCUCCCAUCACGGACCCCCCAAGACCUGCAUGCUGCUCUCAGAGAUUGGGGCCGUGCUGCAGUCGGCUGAGCAGGAGAUCCUGCACGCUGCUGACACCCUGGCGACCACGGAAAUUCCCCAGGAAAUCCCACAGCAGCCCACAAACUGGAGCCGCUGGGCACUGGAGGCUCAGGCUCUGUCCAAGAGCCACAAGGACUCCAGGGCACAGGUGGAGGCCGUGGUCAGGAGAGCACUGCGUGCCUCCAAUGCCAGCUCCGAGCUCCUGAGGAACCUGCUGGAGAGGAACAGCACACAGGACGAGCUGGAGGCUGGGUAUGAGGAAAUCCAGCGGGCACGGGAGGAGCUGGGUGCUGGCAUGGCAGAGGUGGCAGCAGAGGCCAGGAGAGCUCUGGCAGCUGUGGAACGGGCACAGGCUGACCUGGCUGAGAGACUUUUGCAGGUGGCUGCUCUGAGGCAGGCGCUGCCAAUGCAGGCUGCAGACCUGGCACAGGAGCUGGCAGUGCUGGAGCAGGCAGCAGCAGCCCAGGAGCCCUUGGCUCAGCAGGCUGUGGAGGCAUCCCACACUCUGGCAGCAGGAUUGCAUCUGGAACUGCAGAGGACUCGUGGCUUCAAGCAGCUCCAGGACCAGGCUGGCUCUGCCCAUGGCAUGGCCACCAGGGCUGUCUCUCGAGGAAAAGCUGUUCUCUCCGAUGCUGAGUCCCUCCUGGCCAGCUUGGAAGGCAUGAAGAAGGUGCUGGGGCAUCGGAAGAGCCAGGCUGCCCUGAGGAGGAGGAUGGCCACUGUGCGGGACAGAGUGGUGGUGGAUGCUCAGAGGAAGAUUAAACAGGCAGAGAAGACUCUGGGAAACUCCCUGUCCAUCUCCACCACAGCCCAGAGGACAGCUGGGGAGGCUGAGAAACUCUCUGAGGAGAGUGCCAAGAGGGCACGGGCUGUGCUGCAGGAGAGCAAACAGGCCCUCAAACACGCCAGCCAGCUCGCCAUGCGUGCCAAUGAGACCCAGCGGGAGCUCUCCCGGCAGGAGCACAUGGCUGAGAAGCUCAGAGGCGACCUGGAGGAAGCACAGCAGGUCGGGUCAGAGGUGAGUGAGAUGGCAAAAGGUCUCCAGGAAGCCCGGGGCUCACUCAUGUCGGACAUCGAGACCCUGAACAAUCUGCUGAACAGCCUAGGUGAGCUGGAGCAGGACGCGGAGGUGGAGGCGGUGCUGAGCGCUGGGAGGCUGCAGCUGGAGCAGCUGUGGCAGCGCCUGGCCACACCAGGGCCCCUGGCCAGGCAGCUCAGGCGGCUGCAGCAGGAGGCAGCACGGCAGCAGGAGCAGAUCCAGGCGUUUGAGAGCGACUUGGCUGAGAUCCGGGCCGACAAGCAGAACUUGGAGGACAUUUUGAGGAGUCUCCCUGAGAGCUGCUCCAAGUGACAGGUGGCUGGCUGCUGCCACACGUCCUCUGUGCCCACCCUGCACAGGGAAUGGCAGAGGGAAGGACACUCUGCAUUCACCAGCACCAAUCCCUCCCACUGCACUGCCCUCCCUCAGUAUCACACCCCAGGUCCUUCUCCACACCCGUUCAGGCUCCGCACCUCAAGCACUCCGCAGCACGACUCCAGCCACCACCUCUGUCCUUGGGAUGGGGGGACACCCACCCACCAGGGGCACUGAUGUUUCUGUGCAGGAUAUGGAGCCAUUCCAGGGUUGGUCUCCCACUGCAGAGUGAACAAAGAAUCCUCACAGAUCUCCUCCAUCCCUCCUUUCCCAUCGCUGGGACAGCUUACCAAGUGUACCCAAGCUGUACUGCCUGGCACUCCCUCCUGCCCCAGGAGAAGAGAGAGGCUCUCACACAUGCUGGAAGCUGGUCCUGCUGCACAGCACCCUGCAGUGCUGUGGUCACAGAGGUGCAGAGAGGAAUGCUGGUGAAUCCAGGCAGAGAGCUGCUCGCCUGAGGGCACACAGCUUGCCUGCCUCCCAAGGGAAGGGAGCUCACAGCAGGGAGGGCUCAAUUAAUGAGCAGAAACAAAGCAAAGAUGGAUCCUCACCCAGCUCCUGGAAGGCAGGUGGGACAUCCUCAGCCUGCUUCAGUAUGAGAGGAGCUCAGGUCUUGCUGUUCCCUUGCUCCAGGGUAAGACAAGGCCGCAGCCAGCUCUGCUUGGCUCACUGAAUGUCACCAGGCAUGGCUACAAAACAGCCAAUUGCCACCAAGUCCCAGAGAUGCAGCCAAAGGAGGCGUCAGAGCAGCAGCACCCACAGCCCCACUGGAGAGGAGCUGGCUGAUGGCAGCAGGCUGUGCAGCCAGUGUGGACUGGAUGGGGAACAGCUGGACACUGCUCCUGCCUGUGUCACUCCCACGGGGUGGCAGAGGUCAGGGGCUGUAUUGCCUUUAAAGGAAAGGCAUUUCUGUUCCUCUGUGCUCCUGUGUGGGCUAGGCUGCAGGACAAGCCAGGUCCUGGCUCAGCCCACCUUGUGCUGGCUGGGCUGUGACUCCAGGUAGCUGAAGUCAUUCCCAUGAGAGCAGAAACGAGUCCCCAGGCUGGAGCUUGCUUCAUUUUUUAACCGGUUUUACCUAUGUUAUUUUUCUGCUCACAGUGCUGCAAAUCAGGUUUGCUAAAGUCUUGUGUAAUUUAUGUAAAAUUGCUGCCAUCGAUGUUGAAUUCCCCCAGCAACAUCUCUGGUGGGUCCAGUGGCCUGGAAGGAACACAGGAUUCUCCUGCUGAGAACAAAGCCAUCGCCCUUCUAAUUCUGCACAAAAGCUGCCCGAGGAGUGGGGUGCCAGAGCUGCAGUGCUGUGGGGGUGUGAUGGCAGGGGCUCCCCUGCUGCUGCCCAAGGACAGCUCUGGGAAAGCAAAGCCAUGGAACAGCGAGAGCACAGCGUGAUCCGGCUUGGCCAGAGGCAGGGGGCCGUGGCCACUCACUGCCUCUCUGGGAGGACAAUUACACAUCUCCAGUGAACACACAAAUUUGCUGCUCUCACAGAAAUGUCAAGCCUCUGCUGUGUGCCUGCUGCUGAAGCUGUGCUUCACGCUGCCUCCUGCUCUCCCUGGAACUCUGUGUUUUUGGCUGGUGCCACCUGC